AUGUUUUUACGAGCGGGUAGAUCUGCUCUAAAUGUCUUGCGCCAAAAGCCUUUUGGAUUGCAUCACACAUCUUUGAUGAGAAUACGUGCUUCUGCCGCUAUCCCUUUUAAUGCGGUUCGCACCAAAGUUUCAGCUGUUAACUCUCCAUAUCCACAAACAAGUUCGGCAAAUGAUGUUUUCCUUCAAGGGAGUACUGCGGGUUACGUUGACGAAAUGUACCAAGCUUGGUUGAAGGAUCCAAAUUCUGUUCACUUAUCGUGGCAAGUGUAUUUUCGAAACAUGCAAGCUGGCGUAAAUCCGUUAGAAGCUUUUCAACCCCCACCUACUUUAGUUCACAUUAGCACCGGUGUUGGAGUAAGCACACAGGCACAUGAUGUCAAUGCUCAUAUGAAAGUGCAGCUAUUAGUCAGAGCUUAUCAAGCGAGCGGACAUCGUAUCGCUCAACUUGACCCGCUUGGGAUUAUGCACGCUGACCUCGAUCCUUCUAUACCUUCCGAGCUUGAGCCUGCAUAUUAUGGUUUUACCGAAAAAGAUCUAGAUAGUGUGUUCGCACUGGGCCCGGGUAUUUUACCUGGUUUUGCGAAAUCAAGCCCAAAAAUGACUCUUCGAGAAAUUAUUGAUCAUUUGAAAAAAGUUUAUUGCGGCACAAUCGGUGUAGAAUAUAUUCAUAUUGCGGACCGUGAACAAUGCGAUUGGAUUCGUACCAAGUUUGAAAUCGCAGAACCUUUUAGAUAUUCGAAAAAAGAAAAACACAUGAUUCUUGAUCGUCUAAUUUGGAGUGAUUCAUUCGAACGCUUCGUCGCAACGAAAUACCCAAACGAGAAAAGAUUUGGCCUCGAAGGAUGUGAAAGUUUAAUUCCCGGUAUGAAAGCUUUGAUUGAUUGUUCGGUUGAUCUGGGCAUUGAACAAAUCGUGCUCGGAAUGCCACAUCGUGGUCGUCUAAAUGUGCUCAGUAAUGUAAUUCGAAGACCUAAUGAAUCUGUCUUCUCUGAUUUUGGUGGGAUGGCUGAGCCGGGAGAAGAAGGUUCCGGUGAUGUGAAGUAUCAUCUGGGAAUGAACUUUGAUCGACCAACACCUUCUGGUAAACGAGUUCACCUUUCACUUGCAGCGAAUCCAUCACAUUUGGAAGCUGUAGAUCCAGUUGUACUGGGAAAAACACGAGCCAUUCAGUUUUACAUGAACGAUGAAAAAGAUCGUCAUCGCUCAAUGGCUGUUUUAUUACAUGGUGAUGCUGCAUUUGCAGCACAAGGAGUUGUAUAUGAAACCAUGGGAUUCCACGAUCUACCACAUUAUACUACAGGUGGAACUGUUCACAUCAUUGUAAAUAAUCAAAUAGGGUUCACAACUGAUCCUCGAUUCUCGCGCUCUACGCCAUAUUGUUCAGAUAUAGCAAAGAUGGUCAGUGCACCAAUAUUCCAUGUUAAUGCUGACGAUGUUGAGUCUGUGAACUUCGUGGCUCAAGUUGCAGCUGAGUGGCGUCAAAAAUUCAAAAAGGAUGUGGUCAUUGAUCUUGUGGGCUACCGUAAACAUGGUCACAAUGAAGUGGAUCAACCAAGUUUCACACAUCCUAGAAUGUAUAAACAAAUUGCCAAUCAGACACCAGUAAUCGAAAAGUAUAUUCAGCAACUUUUGAAGGAUGGCACAUUCACGGAAGAAGAAAUGAAGACGCACAGAAAAUGGAUUUGGGAUACUUUGGAAGAUAGUUAUUCAAAAAGCAAAGAUUACGAGCCAACUAGUCGUGAAUGGUUAUCGAGCUCAUGGCAUGGGUUUAAAUCACCAAAGGAAAUAGCAGAAGAGACGAUGCCUAUUUAUCCAACUGGUGCAUCAAUGGAAUCACUUAAUCAUGUUGGUCAAAUGAUUAGUUCUUAUCCGAAGAAUUUUAAUGUUCAUCCAGCUCUCAGUCGUAUACUAAAAGCGCGCGAAAAAUCUAUUACGGAAGGAAAAAAUAUCGAUUGGGCAACUGCGGAGGGUCUUGCGUUUGGGUCCUUACUCUUGGAGAAUAAACACGUUCGUCUUUCCGGCCAAGAUGUAGAACGGGGGACGUUUUCUCAACGUCAUGCUGUUCUACACGAUCAAGUUACUGAAUAUCAAUAUGUACCUCUCAAUGAUUUAGGUGUUGGACAAGCGCAUUUCACCAUAUGCAAUUCAUCACUUUCCGAAUACGGAAUACUUGGAUUCGAAUUGGGUUAUUCAUUAGUUAAUCCAAAUUCACUUGUACUAUGGGAAGCUCAAUUCGGUGAUUUCGCUAACAAUGCACAGUGUAUUAUUGAUCAAUUCAUUGCAUCUGGUGAAAAAAAAUGGCUUCAACGGACUGGUUUGGUGGCUUUAUUACCACAUGGUUAUGAUGGACAAGGACCUGAACAUUCUAGUGGACGUAUCGAACGUUUCUUACAACUGUGUGACGACCAUCCUUAUGUAUUUCCUCCACCUGAAAAGAUGGAACGUCAACAUCAGGAUUGUAAUAUGCAAGUAGUCUAUUGCUCAACCCCUGCAAACUAUUUCCAUGCAUUAAGAAGACAAAUCCAUCGGGACUUUAGAAAACCCCUUGUCGUCUUCACUUCAAAACUUCUCUUACGGCAUCCGAUGGCUCGUUCGACUCUGACAGAAAUGACCGGGGAUACUUACUUUCAACGUUACAUUCCUGACCCACAUCCUGAGAAUCUAGCAUCACCCGAGAAAAUUACACGUCACGUUUUUUGUUCUGGGCAAGUUUACUACGCGCUUCUCAAAGCUCGAAACCAAAACAACAUGGAUCAUGUUGCAAUUUCACGUUUAGAACAAAUAAAUCCGUUCCCAUAUGACUUAAUUGCCAAUCAUAUUGAUAAAUAUCCAAACGCACAGAUUAUAUGGGCACAAGAAGAACCACUGAAUGCAGGCGCAUUUACUUAUAUUGCACCAAGGAUGCGCACAGUGGCUAAUCACACUAAAUAUCAUCAAGGUAAAGCAGCAAAGCCAGCAACUCGUCCUCCUGCGGCCUCACCUUCGACAGGGAAUAAAAAGCAGCACAUUCAAGAAGAACAAGAUGUACUGGCGGAGGCAUUAAUAGGACAGGUUGUAAGACCACAAAGAAUAGAGAAUGGGGUACCGAUUUGGAGUUAA